UCAAAAUCAUGUAAAAGUCACCUCUUGAAUUUUUAAAAUCGGUAUCUUUAUUUUUUAUUCUCGUGAUUUAUAUCAAGAUAAUUUGAAAAUAUGUUUUAAUUUUUUUCGUCAAGAACUUCUUGAGUUAAGCCAUGGAAUUUACAGUAUCACCGACAUUAAUGUGACUCAAAAUACAUAUAUCUUAUGUCAAUGUGGAGGCUGCAAGGUUAAAUCAUUUUAUAUCUCUUUGUAUAUAUGUAUGUUAUGUACGUUUUUGCCAUUUUCAUAAUAAUUAAUGCGAAAUUAAUUUAAAAAGAGUGACGAAGUGUUAGAUGUAAUAAUCAAAGUUAUUUAUGUUUUGCGUUUAGCAAUCGUGUAAUAGUGAAAUAUUUCUUCUUGCCUCACACUUAUAUUUGUGUUGAUUCAUACCGAUAUUUUUACAUUGAUUUCUCAUUAAUUAUUGCAAAGAUCGCUAAAUGUUAGUGAAUUUUUCAGUUUAACUGGCUCUACACCUGCAUAGAAAAAAUUGGACGAUUAUUACUGGACACCCUGUAAAUUGUAUAUUAUAUAUGAUAACUUUCUUCUUUCUUUACUUUUAGAUGGUCGAUCUCACUCGAGCAUCAAGUAUAAUAACUUGGAACAAAUGGUUUUUGACUUUUUUGGGGUUGUGGCCAUUGAAAGUGAACCAACCUAUAUUCAUAUUCUUUUGUGUUUACAUGAUAAUUUAUUGUAUUAUGGGACUGAACCAUUUGAUCAAGAAUUUUAGUCAACCGGAACUCGUUGUUGCAAAUUUAACGGAUAACAUUCUUCUUACAAUGAUAUUGGGAAAAAUGUUCAUAUGCAGACGGAGUUGUAAAAUUAUGGCCAAAUUUCUAAAAGCUAUUGAGAGUGAUUUUUUGACGGAAAAGUAUAGCAAUAUUCAAGAAAAAAUGGCAUAUCUGUAUUAUAAUAACAUUGCGCUGAUAUUUAUAAAAAUAUCAUUGAGUUUGAAUGCAGUUGCCGCUACAUUAUAUUAUUUCAAAACAUUUUUUGAUAAUUGGAGUGCAAUAAUGUCCGGUAAUUUCUCGUAUGACCUACCAUAUCCGGUUCAUCCCUUCUUUGAGAUAAAGGAUAUGAGUACUUACAUGUGCGUUUGUACCUACUUGUUGUUAAACUUGCCACUUAUAACAUGUGGUUAUGGUGGACCAGAUGCUUUUGUACUUACCAUGGCACUUCAUAUUUGUGGUCAACUUGCUGUAUUAUCGUACAAAAUUAACUAUUUGUUAAAAGAUCGUGAAAGUUAUCACAGUCACGUCACUAGCAUCGUAUUGAGGCAUUAUCAUCUAAUAACACUAGCAGAGAUUUUGGAAAACAAUUUCAAUAUGCUAUUUCUUGAGCAAACUCUUGGAACUGUUUUCUUGCUCUGUUUAACUUUGUAUAAUAUGAUUACGAAUUCAGAAUCUGACGAUACCGUUAAUGGUAUUAAUUAUAAGGUUAUAGCUUUUAUGUUAUAUAUAUGUUGUGUACUUAGUACAAUCCUGGCAUAUUGUUAUAUAGGAGAAUGCCUUAUUAAAGAGAGUACUGGAUUGCGUGAUGCAUUAUACAAUUCUAAUUGGUACAAUAAUUCACCAUCGCAUACAAAAUUACUUAGCAUUUGUAUGACUCGUUCUGAGAAACCAUUGGUGUUGACUGCUGGAAAAUUCUGUGUAUUAUCAUUGAAUACAUUUACAAGUAUAGUGAAAACAUCGAUGGCAUACUUAUCUGUGUUACGCAAUUUUGUGUAAGAGUAUCAGUUUGAC